AUGGAUUUUACCGCUCUUUUGAAGGGCUCGAUCAUGGAUUACGAACUCGGGUUUGGGUUUUACACUAUCGGGCUGUUGUUUAAGCUACUUCCUCAAUUUCUUUGCAUUUUUCUGUUCUUUGGAUUUGGAAUGAAAUUGUUGUGCUCCGAUAGGUUCGUUAGGGUUUUGGUUCGAUUUGUGUGUGAUUCGAGAAACUGGUUUUGCUCAGAAAACGCUGCUGAUGGUGAUAAAAAGGGGAUGCUUUUGCAAAAACCAAACCCUGAUACUGAUUUAGUUGAUUUCGAUUCUGAUGAUGAAUUUGAUGAUGCCGAAAACUGGGAAGACGAUGAAAAUUGGUGUAAGGAUGAAGAUUUGGAGUCCGAUUUGUGGAAAUUGAUGAAAAUUUCGAAAAUGGAGAGGCGCAGAGCCAAUGCAGCUUUAUCCGAGCUUGCUAAAGAACGAGCAGCUUCAGCUUCUGCAGCCGAGGAGGCCAUGGCCAUGAUCUUACGCCUUCAGAACGAAAAGAGCUUGAUCGAACUCGAGUCGAGCCAGUACAAGAGAUUGGCAGAGGAAAAGCAGAUUCACGACCAAGAAGUAAUUAGGUCCUUGCGGUGGCUCGUCUGGAGGCACGAAUCAGAAAGGAGCCUACUGGAAGACCAGCUCAAAUACUGCCGGAAAAAAUUGAAGCUCUGUUCAAGUGUCCAACAUGAAGAUGAUGAGGAAGCUCGAAUGAGCUCGUUCAACGGUAACAUUCUGGACACUCUUGAAAAUGUGCUUUAUAGCUCGCGUGACCCGAAUUUGCUGUCUCCUUGA